CCGACUACAACUCCCAUGAUUCCAUCGCGGCGAGGCCUAGCCGGGGCGUCGGAGGCGACGCUGAGGGAAGGCGGGAGGGAAGGCGAGCGCGGCCUAGGCCUUUCCAGAGGCUUCUCCUCCGUGCGGGCUUUCUCCGGAGAUGAGGCCAGGAUGUCCUCGUCGGUGUCAGGGCUGAAGGCCGAGCUGAAGCUGCUGGAGUCCAUCUUCGGGAAGGAGCACGAGCGCUUCCGCGUCCUCUCCUGGCGCCUCGACGAGCUCCACUGCCAGUUCCUCCUCCUGCCCUCCUCGCCUCAGCAGCCCCUCGCCAUCCACUGCAACAUCACGGAAUCUUACCCUUCCUCAUCGCCAAUAUGGUUUGUGGAAUCAGAUGACCCCAACUUGACUUCCGUAUUGGAGCGCUUAGAGGAUAUUAAGAAGAGCAAUACUCUGCUUCUCCAACAGUUGAAGCGAUUGAUAUGCGACCUCUGCAGAUUAUACAAUCUUCCUCAGCAUCCAGAUGUUGAAAUGCUAGAUCAGCCAUUGCCGACUGGCCAGAAUGGGACGACUGAAGAGGUUACAUCGGAAGAAGAGGAAGAGGAAGAUAUGGGUGAAGACAUUGAUCUGGAUCAUUACGAAAUGAAGGAGGAAGAACCGGUCUAUGGAAAGAAAUCCGAGGAUGAUGGCAUUGAGAAAGAGAAUCUGGCCAUUCUGGAAAAGAUCCGGAAAAAUCAAAGGCAGGACCACUUAAAUGGCGCAGUUUCUGGAUCUGUCCAAGCUUCAGACCGACUUAUGAAAGAACUCAGGGAUAUAUAUAGGUCGCAGAGUUACAAAACAGGGAUUUACUCAGUGGAACUCGUAAAUGACAGUUUGUAUGAAUGGCACGUAAAACUUCUAAAGGUUGAUCCCGACAGCCCACUACAUAGUGAUCUCCAAGUCUUAAAAGAAAAAGAAGGCAUCGAAUAUAUUCUGCUCAACUUCUCUUUUAAGGAUAAUUUCCCCUUUGAUCCUCCAUUUGUAAGAGUUGUUUCUCCUGUGCUUACUGGAGGGUAUGUUCUGGGUGGAGGUGCAUUAUGCAUGGAACUUCUUACUAAACAGGGUUGGAGUAGCGCCUACUCCACGGAAUCGGUCAUAAUGCAGAUCAAUGCCACGCUCGUCAAAGGCAAAGCCAGAGUCCAGUUUGGAGCAAAUAAGAACCAAUAUAACCUAGCAAGAGCACAGCAGUCCUAUAAAUCCCUAGUACAGUUACAUGAAAAAAAUGGCUGGUUCACGCCUCCAAAAGAAGACGGUUAAUUCUGUGGACUUCUUCUCUCCUUGGACCAAUGUCAUUUUUUUAAAAAGUCCUUCCAACACAGACUCAAGCUAUGAAUGCCCCAUAACAGCCAUAAUGAAGACUCUAGUUAAUAGACAAUGAAUGGAUAAACUGUGGCCUGGCGCGUCCAGGACACGCAGCAGCCGUGCAGUUCUGCUCCAACGCCCGGCGUUGCGGACUGACCCGUUCGAGAAGACUUUGCUGUAUUCUCCUUUCGGGAUCCAACGCGACGGCAACGCCUUCGAAACCCGGCUUCCAGUUUGUCAAAGCAUCCGUGAAUAGGAACUUUCCUCUGCCAACUUUUGUAUGCACUUAACUCUUUGUUUUUCCUCCACGCUGCGGAGAAGGGCAAUACCUUUUAUUUAAAGCUGACUGAGUUAAAUAAAUUUAGGUUGAUAAUACAGAGGUGGGUUUUUUUUUCCUCCAGGUCUUGUUCAAUGGGUGUGUUAUUCUUAUUUUCCUGGCUGAAAAUCGAAAGCGUUUGUAAAGGUUGCCAAAUGUAACGACGAUCUAUAGGAGAAGUGUAAUGUCGAAUCAUUAAACUCUUUUCCCCCCUCCAUGGCUGUGUUCAGGAUAUGAACUCUUGCUGGACAGAAGCCCCUUUCGGUCACCUUGUCGCUGGACGCCAGACAGCGCCCGUUGAACUGUGUGGGAUAUGAUCCGCUCGGAUAUCGGCGCUUGCUGUUCUCCUCCGCUCGCUCCUUUGCUCGAAGAAGCCCUCCUUCUCAAGGCUUGAAGAUAUUUAAAAUACUUGGCAUUCGAAUCUGUUGACGGGUUGUUGCAAUCACUUGUGGACUAAAGACUGGAAAGAGCCAUUGGCAGAAGAAGUCACCCAGGCCUCCCCCAGAAUCAACAAAGAAGCCCUUUCUUAAAGGGGAGGUUGCACAGUUUGAGAGAAAUGCAACCGUCAGAAGUCUUACCAGGUAACUCUCUCAAUUCAGCAUUGUUUGGAACGGGAACGUUGCCAUCGUCAUGACCAUGGUUUUAGUUGGGGGGAAAUAAAAUUGAGGGGGUAUCGUUCUUUUUCUUUAGGAGUCUGGUUCUGUCACUGCUGUGGGUUGGUCACUGUCAUGUCAUUGCCUUACCUUUCCAAAAAAAAAAAACAGAAUCAGGUGUGGUAUUUACAUUUUGGUGGUUGAAUUUGUGUGUAGAGCUUUUGUGUCCACGAGGAUCAAAAGAAGAGUCCACACCAGGCAUGUGUAAAUGUGGACCUUCCAGAUGUUUUGGACUUCAAGUUUCACCAUUCCUCACAGCCUCAGGCCCCUUCCUUUCCCCCCUCAGCUGCUUAAGCUGAGUGCUGGGCCCAUAACCAAUGUUAGGUCAGUGUGUAGACCAGGCAUGGGCAAAGUUGGGCCCUUCAGAUGCUUUGGACUUCAAAUUCCACCAUUCCUAACAGCCUCAGGCCCUUUCCUUUUCCACGUCAGCCGCUUAAGCUGAGUGCUGGGCCCAUACCCAAUGUUAGAUCAGUGUGUAGACUAGGCAUGGGCAAAGUUGGGCCCUCCCUCCAGAUGUUUUGGAUUCCCAACUUCCACCAUUUUUAACAGCCUCAGCCCCUUUCCUUUCCCCCCACAACCACUUAAGCUGAGUGCUGGGCCCAUUACCAUGGUUAAGUCGGUGUGUAGACCAGGAAUGGGCAGACUUGGGGCUUCCAGUCUCUUAAGCUGAGUGCUGGGCCCAUAACCAAUGUUAGGUCAGUGUGUAGACCAGGCAUGGGCAAAGUUGGGUCCUUCAGAUGUUUUGGACUUCAAAUUCCACCAUUCCUAACAGCCUUGGGCCCUUUCCUUUCCCCCCUCAUCUGCUUAAACUGAGUGCUGGUCCCAUAAUUUUGCGGUCAGUGUGUAGACCAGGAAUGGGCAAACUUGGGGCUUCCAGUCGCUUAAGCUGAGUGCUGGGCCCAUAACCAAUGUUAGGUCAGUGUGUAGACCAGGCAUGGGCAAAGCUGGGCCCUCCAGAUGUUUUGGACUCCAACUUCCACCAUUUCUAACAGCCUCAGGCCCCUUCCUUUUCCCCCACAACCACUUAACCUGAGUGCUGGGCCCAUAACCAUGGUUAAGUCAGUGUGUAGACCAGGCAUGGGCAAAGUUGGGCCCUCCAGAUAUUUGGCCUUCAACUCCCACCAUUCCUAACAGCCUCAGGCCCUUUCCUUUUCUCCCUCGGCCGCUUAAGCUGAGUACUAGGCCCAUAAUCAAUUUUGGGGUCAGUGUGUAGACCAGGAAUGGGCAAACUUGGCGCUUCCAGUCUCUUAAGCUGAGUGCUAGGCCCAUAACCAUGGUUAAAUCAGUGUGUAGACCAGGAAUGGGCAAACUUGGGACUUCCAGUCUCUUAAGCUGAGUUCUGGGCCCAUAACCAAUGUUAGGUCAGUAUGUAGACAAGGCAUGGGCAAAGUUGGGCCCUCCAGAUGUUUUGGACUCCAACUUCCACCAUUCCUAACAGCCUCAGGCCCUUUCCUUUCCCCCCACAACCACUUAACCUGAGUGCUGGGCCCAUAACCAUGGUUAAGUCAGUGUGUAGACCAGGCAUGGGCAAAGUUGGACCCUCCAGAUGUUUUGGCCUUCAACUCCCACCAUUCCUAACAGCCUCAGGCCCUUUCCUUUUUCCCUCUCAGCCGCUUAAGCUGAGUGUUGGGCCCAAAACCAAUGUUAGGUCAGCCUGGAUGUUUGCUUGAAUGGCAGUUUUGUAUGCAGGACUUUUUCUAAAUCUUGUGACUGCAGUCAAUAGCUCAGUGCUUAAGCGGCUGACGGGAAAAGAAGGGGCCUGAGGCUGCCAGGAAUGGUGGGAGUUGGAGUCCAAAACACCCAGAGGGCCCAAAUGUGCCCUUGCCUGGUCUACACAUUUGUGUUUGGUAGAAGUCCGGAUUCUUCUUGGCUCGCUCUGGCCCCUUUACAUAAGUAAAUAAAUGUGUUUUCUUUUUCUUUUUGGCUUCGGGCCAUUCGGUCUCAUGUCCUGUUCUAUCAUUAUUAUUAUUUCAAAAAAAAUCCAGAAAAUGAGAAUAUUUGGCCUAAAAAUGUGCAGUCUUUUAGAGGUGAGAUAGAGAUGACAUUUCUCUCCACCACCCCCCCCCCCCCAAUUUCUCACGUAUUUGGUUGUACAUACGAUUCCUCCCUAAACCCCUUCUCGAGCAGCCUUAAGUCAGAAGCCAAGUCUUGCGUUUCUACAGCUGAGGCGAGAAAACUCCUGGAGUGCUUUACGGGAUCCUUUCGUCUCCUAAUGACUACGCAGAACCACGGGUGCACACUCGGCUUGCGUUUUUCUUUUUUCCCUUCCUUCCUUCCUUCUAUCGAGUUUCAUUUUCAUUGCAGAAUUAUUUAGCAGUGUACGGUCAAUCUGUAAACUUGCAUCAAGUUUAUGAAUAAAGAAUUAAGAAUUCUGUUUUUCUCUGGA